AUGCCCCGAUUGCUCCUUUACGUGCUUGUUUUGUUUUUCCUUUUGAAUUUUUGCCCCAAUGUGCCUGCUCAUGCCCUGGCACCCGAAUCGAGUCGAAUUGAGCUGUUUAAGCGUAGGAAUUCGACGGUGCCGUUUGAAGACAAGGGCAAAGUCACCGAGCGGGUUGUCCACUCGUUCCGCCUUCCCGCCCUUGUUAAUGUGGACGGGGUGAUGGUUGCCAUUGCAGACGCUCGCUACACGACAUCCAAUGACAACUCCUUUAUUGAUACGGUAGUGAAGUACAGCGUGGACGAUGGGGAGACGUGGGAGACUCAAAUCGCCAUCAAGAACAGUCGUGUAUCGUCUGUUUCUCGUGUGGUGGAUCCCACAGUGAUUGUGAAGGGCAACAAGCUUUACGUCCUGGUUGGAAGCUACAAUAAAUCGAAAAACUACUGGACUUGGCAGCCUGAUGGAAGCGACUGGGAUAUUCUGCUUGCCGUUGGUGAGGUUACGAAGUCCACUGCAGACGGCAAGACAACUGCGAAUAUCACAUGGGGGAGUCCCGUGUCACUGAAGGAAUUUUUCCCGGCAUACAUGGAAGGAAUACCUACAAAGCAAUUUCUCGGCGGUGCAGGUGUUGCCACUGUGGCGUCCAAUGGGAAUCUUGUGUACCCUGUGCAGGUUACGGACAUGAAAAAACAAAUUUUUUCCAAGAUCUUUUAUUCGGCAGAUGAGGGCAAGACGUGGAAUUUCUCAGAGGGUAGGAGCGAUUUUGGCUGCUCCGAACCUGUGGUUCUUGAGUGGAAAAAUAAAUUCAUCGUAAACACCCGGGUUGACCGGGCGCGCCGUCUGGUGUACAAUUCCGGUGACAUGGAGAGACCGUGGGUGGAGGCUGUCGGCACGCUCUCGCGUGUGUGGGGCCCCUCACCAAAAUCGGACCAGCCCGGCAGUCAGAGCAGCUUCACUGCCGUGACCAUCGAAGGAAUGCGUGUGAUGCUCUUCACACACCCGCUGAAUUUUAAGGGAAAGUGGCUGCGCGACCGACUGAACCUCUGGCUGACGGAUAACCAGCGCAUUUAUAACGUUGGGCAAGUAUCCAUUGGUGAUGAAAAUUCCGCCUACAGCUCCGUCUUGUACAAGGAUGAUAAGCUGUACUGUUUGCAUGAGAUCAACACUAACGAGGUGUACAGCCUUGUUUUUGCGCGCCUGGUUGGCGAGCUAAUGAUUAUUAAAUCCGUGCUGCAGUCCUGGAAGAAUUGGGACAGCCACCUGUCCAGCAUUUGCACCCCUGCUGAUCCCGCCACUUUGUCGUCAGAGCGUGUUUGUGGUCCCGCUGUCACUACGGUUGGUCUUGCUGGCUUUUUGUCCGACAAUGCCACCCAAAACGUAUGGGAGGAUGCGUACCGCUGCGUCAACGCAAGCACGGCAAAUGCGGAGAAGGUUCCGAACGGCUUUAAGUUUGCGGGGGUUGGCGGAGGAGCACUUUGGCCGGUGAGCCAGCAGGGGCAGAAUCAACGGUAUCACUUUGCAAACUACGAGUUUACGCUGGUGGCUUCGGUGACGAUUCACGAGGUUCCGAGGGACGCGACUCCUCUGCUGGGUGCGAGCCUGGACUCUUCUGGCGGCGAAAAGCUCCUGGGGCUCUCGUACGACGAGAAACACCAAUGGCAGCCGAUAUACGGAUCGACACCGGCGACGCCGACGGGAUCGUGGGAGGUGAACAAGAAGUACCACGUGGUUCUUACGAUGGCGAAUAAAAUGGGCUCCGUGUACAUUGAUGGAGAACCCCUAGCGGGUUCAGGGCAGACCGUUGUGCCAAACGAGGGCACGCCUGACAUUUCCCACUUCUACAUUGGCAGUUAUAACAGCAGUAAUAUGCCUACGGAAAGCCAUGUGACGGCGAAAAACGUUUUUCUUUACAACCGUCAGCUGAAUGCCAAGGAAAUCAGGACCUUGUUCUUGAGCCAGGAUCUUGAUGGCGUGGAAGAAGACAAGGACAGCAGCGACGACGGAGACGACAACGACGGAGACGACAGCGACGGAGACGACGGCGACGGUGCCCACAGUAAUUCGUCGAGCUCUUUUGGCGGCGGUGCAUCGUCAGUGUCUGCUGGUGGGAGGAAUCUCGUGUAUGUGUGUGCUCUGGUGCUGCACCUGCUUGUCCUUGUUUAUUUUUGA